AUGACUUCAUCCUCAGAAUUACCUGCUUGGUACUAUCGCGUUUCUGAGGUAGUCAAAAGGAGAAAUGGCGUCACACUCUGGGACUUUGAUGAAGAUAUCUCCGACCUUGAUGAGACCAACCCAGACGAAACUAUAGCGGACCAUGGGCCUGAUGCAGCAGAAUACCAUCUUAUGAGAGGGAAGAUGGAGGAACGCAAAAGAGAGCUUUUCCAGCGCAAAGAGACUAUCAGAAAGCGCCGGGAAGAUGUAAGAGAGGAAGAGAAAAAUAAGUUUGGCCAAGUGCGUGCAGCAUAUGAAGCCUUGGAGAUUUCCAUGUCCAGAAGCGAAUCUUCUCAACUAGGUCCAAUCGACAGCCAGUUCGAGCUCUACUGUAUGGACUACUUUGACAGCUUUUUAUGA